UGUGUGUUUUCUUUUUGCUCAACAUUUCUUAGUUGCCUCUACCUCCCUUAGUGUCCUUUUUUUUCGCUUCUCAAUCAAACAACUUUUUUGAAAUAAACCUCAUGGGCAAAAACAAAGGAGCCUUCUCCCUUUUGGAAAGUUACAUCAUGGCGAACGAUGGCGCAUUGGAUUUAGGCGCAAACGGCAAUGGUUCUGCGCAACAAUCAGAAUCGAUAUCACUUCCUGAUUCAAUGCGAGCGUCAACUUUGUUGGAACAAAUCGGCAAGGAAAGAUCGUGGACGGACGAACAAAUUGAUCAUGACCUUGAUGUGUUGGAUAACAACCGGCUGUAUUUUGUACGGGACUUGCGAGCAUUAUCAAACCAAAGCUGGACAGUGAUUGGAUUGCUGCCGCUUGUCCGUGACUUACUUCGACGGGCAGUUGAUCCGGGAUGGGAGUCGAAUGAAGGUGCUGACUCCUCGUACAAGGCGUACAAGGAUAAGAAAAAGAUGAAAAAAGACAAGAAGAAAAAGAAGAAAUACCAAAAGAUGACGCUCGGUGACCCUGUCGCGCCGAUGCGCGUUGAGGCUGGAGGUGAUACAUUAGCUCAGGAUCCCGAGACUCUGCGAAAUACUAUACUCAACGGAUCAAUCGAUGCUGGAUUAACUGGUGUGGGAAACCGAAGCACGGACGACGUGAAUGGUGGUGGGGCUACUAUAUCCCAAAAAAGCGUGUCAUUCACCGACAACGCGAUGGUCGCUGUAGCUGCGACGGCGGCCAAGGACAAAGACAAGAAGAAAAAGAAAAACAAGAUGAUGAUGGAUGACUGCAGUAGCAGCAGUAGCAGCAGCAGCAGCAGCAGCAGCAGUUGCUCAGAGGACGAACCUACCACCACCACCAAGCCAACUACUACUUCCAUGGCAGCAGCAGCUAUCGCGGGCAGCAACGGCAGUAGCAAUGGACUACCCAAAGCAUUAUCGGGUCGACCAAUCACGCCUGUGAGCAAUAACCGCAUCCAAGUCCGCACAUCGUCUGGGGGAACGUACGAAUGUGAUCGCUUCUGUCCACAUAAGGGAGUAGAUCUCUCCACUUGGGGUCAGGUUUUGGGAAAUAAGUUAGUUUGCACAAAGCACAACUGGAAAUUCGACCUCGAGGGAGCCGGUGUUGGACCCAAAGGAAGAUCUGUUCACCCGUGCCGUGUCAAUGACUGGUGAUCAAUUUCCCUGUUCAACAACACUAUAUUUUCUUGAUAUCAGUAUAGUCCUCUAUUCUCGUAAAUAUGUCCAUGUUAAGAUCGCUGUCGAAGGACAAGAAUAUUACGUUUUGACCAAUUACAUGUUCGGCUUCUUCUGUUUUGUCAAAGCAACAAGCUGUUUUAGUUCAGUGUAACAAACAUAUUAGUUGGGUCACAUACAAGUGUGGGGUAUCCAUUCUACAAAAAAGAAGUGUGGGGUAUCCUACUCCUCACUUGUUAUUAUUACCUCUAUGAUAUCAUCGUCAAUAUUCUUCUUAUUCAUGAAAGUAAAUAAAUAAUCUGGGAAAUGACUGGACAACAGUAGAAG